CGACCUCGCGCGAGGCGCCCUCCGCGUGCUAAACGACCAUCAGGCACAGCCCCUGCUGCACGCCAUAGGCCUGUGACCCCCUGACGCCCUGGACGCCCUCGCCUACUGGUGGUGGGUCCUACAGGGGCUGCUGCUCGCUACCCUGGCGAGCUUCAUCUCGGGGCCCAGCGCCCCUCAUGACGACAAUCCUGACAGUAAUAUUCACCCUGUGGGUGAAGAGGGUGACUUUAAAGAAGUGGACUUGAGGGAGGUGGUGGUGGUGGUAGAGGUUGGACAGCAGAACAAUAACAGCAAUGAGCACGAAUCUGUUGAAUCACCUCCAGGGGCCAACACACAAAGUGAAGUGUUCCUUCAGACACACAGUAACAACAAACACGGAACGGUCCGAGGCAUAAUGUCACGUGUAUCAACGCCUUGCCAACGCCUACUCAAGGUUAUUAUGCGCCGCCCCUCCAAGCGUGUGGCCGGCCUGCUGCUCCUGCUGCUGGCCGGCCACGUGGCCACCCUGACCUACGCCUACCAUCAGCAAGGCCAGAGUGACCUCCUGCGGGGCAUUGCCGCGCUGUGCUCCGUGCUCGCGCUGCCACCCCUCGCCCUCCUCCUGCCAGCCGGGAGUUCCUUAAUGAGUUGGGCGUGGCUCGCCGUUCACGUCACUUAUAGUAACAACCUCGCGCGAGGCGCCCUCCGCGUGCUAAACGACCUGCAGGCACAGCCCCUGCUGCACGCUCUGGGCAUGGGCCACCCCGACGCCCUGGACACCAUCGCCUACUGGUGGUGGUUCCUACAGGGGCUGCUGCUCCCUACCCUGGCGAGCUUAGUCUCGGGGCCCAGCGCCCCUUAUGACGACAACCCAGAUGAUGACGACACCGACGAUAACAACCCUGACUGUGACAGCGCUGACGAUGACAACCCUGACCGUGAUCUUGACCCUGCGGGUGAAGAGGAUGACUUUGCGGAGAUGAACCUGAGGGAGGCGGUGGUGGUGGUGGAGGCGGUGGAUUGGCAGUUCAGGGUGGGGGCUCUAGUCCCCCCUCCUGACUCGCCCCUCCUCCAGCCUCGGGGGGAGGAGGAGAUGGAAGACGAGGAUGAGUUUGAGAACGUGGAUCGGAUGGAGGUAGCGGAGGCGGUGGAGGAAGGGUUGUUUGGGGUGGGGGUCCUUGCCGCCCCUCCCGAGCCGCCUGCCGAGGAGGAGGGUGAAGAAGAGGAUGGUAUUGAGGAGGUGGAAAGAGGGGAGGUGGUGGGGGAGGUGGUGGAGGGGCAGCUCGGGGUGGAGGUUGUUGCCGCCCCUCCGGACCUGCCCGCCCGCCACCCUGGUCCUGUUGAGUAAGGAGGAUGAAGGCGAGGAUGACUCUGACGAAGUGAGCGUGAGGGACGUGGCAACGAUGGAGUGAGACCACUGCAGAAAGCAUAGAAAAAUACAAAAACAAAAACAAAAUACAAAAUACGUAGGAGAAGAAAAAAAAAUAUAAAACACCAGAGUAAAAAAAAAAUUUAAUACAAAAUAUUAGGUUUAGAUUCUUAAAAAAAAAAUGAAACCAAAUACAGAAUACUUAAAACAAUAGAAAAUGAAAAAAUAAAAAAUCAAAUACAAAAUAUUAGGAUUAAGAUUCAUAAAAAAAGUAAAACCGAUUACAAAAUACAUCAAAAACAAAAGAGCAAGAAAAAAAAAAUAUUAGGGUUAAGGUUCAACUUUAUUUGCGUCUAAAAGGAGCAACGGUUUCACCCGAACAGUCGUCAAUGUGAACACGUGUGCAAUAUUUUAUAUUUCCCAGAGAUGUCGUGUGAUAUGUUUAGGGGUAAUGUCGUGUGAUAUGUUUAGGGGUAAUGUCGUGUGAUAUGUUUAGAGGUAAUGUCGUGUGAUAUGUUUAGAGGUAAUGUCGUGUGAUAUGUUUAGGGGUAAUGUCGUGUGAUAUGUUUAGAGGUGAUGUCGUGUGAUAUGUUUAGGGGUAAUGUCGUGUGAUAUGUUUAGGGGUAAUGUCGUGUGAUAUGUUUAGGGGUAAUGUCGUGUGAUAUGUUUAGGGGUGAUGUCGUGUGAUAUGUUUAGGGGUAAUGUCGUGUGAUAUGUUUAGGGGUAAUGUCGUGUGAUAUGUUUAGGGGUAAUAUCGUGUGAUAUGUUUAGGGGUGAUGUCGUGUGAUAUGUUUAUGGGUAAUGUCGUGUGAUAUGUUUAGGGGUAAUGUCGUGUGAUAUGUUUAGGGGUAAUGUCGUGUGAUAUGUUUAGGGGUAAUGUCGUGUGAUAUGUUUAGAGGUGAUGUCGUGUGAUGUGUUUAGGGGUAAUGUCGUGUGAUAUGUUUAGGGGUAAUGUCGUGUGAUAUGUUUAGGGUUAAUGUCGUGUGAUAUGUUUAGGGGUAAUGUCGUGUGAUAUGUUUAGGGGUAAUGUCGUGUGAUAUGUUUAGGGGUAAUGUCGUGUGAUAUGUUUAGAGGUGAUGUCGUGUGAUAUGUUUAGAGGUGAUGUCGUGUGAUAUGUUUAGGGGUAAUGUCGUGUGAUAUGUUUAGAGGUGAUGUCGUGUGAUAUGUUUAGGGGUGAUGUCGUGUGAUAUGUUUAGAGGUGAUGUCGUGUGAUAUGUUUAGGGGUAAUGUCGUGUGAUAUGUUUAGGGGUAAUGUCGUGUGAUAUGUUUAGGGGUAAUGUCGUGUGAUAUGUUUAGGGGUAAUGUCGUGUGAUAUGUUUAGGGGUAAUGUCGUGUGAUAUGUUUAGAGGUGAUGUCGUGUGAUAUGUUUAGAGGUAAUGUCGUGUGAUAUGUUUAGAGGUGAUGUCGUGUGAUAUGUUUAGGGGUAAUGUCGUGUGAUGUGUUUAGGGGUAAUGUCGUGUGAUAUGUUUAGGGGUGAUGUCGUGUGAUAUGUUUAGAGGUGAUGUCGUGUGAUAUGUUUAGGGGUAAUGUCGUGUGAUAUGUUUAGGGGUAAUGUCGUGUGAUAUGUUUAGAGGUGAUGUCGUGUGAUAUGUUUAGAGGUAAUGUCGUGUGAUAUGUUUAGAGGUGAUGUCGUGUGAUAUGUUUAGGGGUAAUGUCGUGUGAUGUGUUUAGGGGUAAUGUCAUGUGAUAUGCUUCUUGGUAAUGUCGUGUGAUAUGUUUCUUGGUAAUGUCGUGUGAUAUGUUUCUUGGUAAUGUCGUGUGAUAUGUUUCUUGGUAAUGUCGUGUGAUAUGUUUCUUGGUAAUGUCGUGUGAUAUGUUUCUUGGUAAUGUCGUGUAAUAUGUUUCUUGUUAAUGUCGUGUGAAGUGUUUCUUGGAAAUGUCGUGUAAUAUGUUUCUUGGUGAUGUCGUGUAAUAUGUUUCUUGGAAAUGUCGUGUGAUAUGUUUCUUGGUAAAGUCGUGUGAUAUGUUUCUUGGUAAUGUCGUGUGAUAUGUUUCUGGGUAAUGUCGUGUGAUAUGUUUCUUGGAAAUGUCGUGUGAUAUGUUUCUUGGUAAUGUCGUGUAAUAUGUUUCUUGGUAAUGUUGUGUAAUAUGUUUCUUGUUAAUGUCGUGUAAUAUGUUUCUUGGUAAUGUCGUGUGAUAUGUUUCUUGGUGAUGUCGUGUAAUAUGUUUCUUGGUAAUGUCGUGUGAUAUGUUUCUUGGAAAUGUCGUGUGAUAUGUUUCUUGGUAAUGUCGUGUGAUAUGUUUCUGGGUAAUGUCGUGUGAUAUGUUUCUUGGUAAUGUCGUGUAAUAUGUUUCUUGGAAAUGUCGUGUGAUAUGUUUCUUGGUAAUGUCGUGUGAUAUGUUUCUUGGAAAUGUCGUGUGAUAUGUUUCUUGGUAA